GCUUUAACUGUCUGUCAUUUGGACCUGUGUGUGUGUGUGUGUGUGUGUGUGUGUGUUGGAGGGCGAUCAGCUGAUUGGACCACACAUGUUGGAGGGCGGAGCCAUGAUGGGGAAAGAUUACAUGUUGGCCAUCCUCAUCGUCAACUAUGACGACAACAUCUGGACGGACCAGAACCUGCUGCUGGACCCGGACCUGCCCUCCGGCUGGAGAACCAUCAAAGACUCUACGGGAACUUACUACUGGCACGUUCCCACCGGCGCCACCCAGUGGCAACACCCCUGCCUCAGCGGGACGCCACAGCUGCUCGACACUCAGGUGACCAACUCCUCACCGUACCUGGUUAACCUGGAGGAGGCGGGACAACAUAGAUCCAACAGAGACUCAAAUGGACCACCUGAGGCCAGGUCUUCGUGGCAUGAGGAUUAUCUCACCAACCACGACCCCAACGCCAAGUGCUUCGCCGUGCGCUCUCUGGGCUGGCUGGAGGUGGAGGAGGAGGACUUGUCUCCGGGUCGCAGCAGUCUCGCUGUCAGUAACGUCAUCCAGCAGCUGUCUCACUGCAGCAGCCCCGAGCAGAGAGACAGGCAGGGCGCCUGGGGGGAGGGACGAGAGAUGAUGCUGGUCCUGAAGAAAGACACUCUGACCCUGUUGGACCCGUUAGACCACACCCCCCUGCACUGUCAGCCAAUCAUCAACAUCCGUGUGUGGGGGGUGGGCUGCAACAACGGCAGGGACAGGGACUUUGCGUUCGUGGCGGGCGAUAAGGACAGCUGCGUGCUCAAGUGUCACGUGUUUCGCUGCAACGCUCCGGCCAAAGCCAUCGCCACGGCGCUGCACGAGAUGUGCUCCAAGAUGAUGUCAGAGAAGGCGCUGAUGCGGCCAUCUCGCUCACUGACCAUGGAGAGCAUCUCACCUGAAGACCUGCCCCGACAAGUGGAGUUUCUGGAGGCGGUGCGGCAGCAGGUGCAGAAGUUCGAGGUGCAGUACAUCGGUAACCUGCCGGUGUCCCGAGCGAUGGGUAUGGAGGUGCUGAACCGAGCGAUCGAGAGCAUCAUGAACUCCACCGACAGAGACGAGUGGGAGCCGGCGGUGGUCCACGUCACCGACAACAUCCUGUCUCUGUGGAGGGGAGAGGAAGGGGAGGAGCCUCUCUGGGAAUGUCAGGUGCGUUUCCUCACCUUUCUGGGCGUCGGCCACGACAGCCACACCUUCGCUGUGAUCGUUGAUGGCGGCACGCAGCAGUUUGAGUGUCAUGUGUUCUGGUGCGAGCCGGAUGCAGGGAUCCUGUCCGAGGCCGUCCAGGCCGCAUGUAUGGUCCAGUAUCAGAAGUGUCUGGUGGCUCAGACUCCUCCUCCCAGGACCAAGUCGUGGCGUGCGGCCCAGUCGAAGGUCAAACGGGCGAACUCCAUGGAUGCCUUCCCUGCGCUUGCCUCCCGUCUCCAUGGCAGCAGCAGCGGCGGCGUGAUGACAUCGAGGAUUACCAAGAGCAACGGCAGCAGCAGCGUGAGGAAGGGGAUGCUGGCGUUCUUCGAGACUUUCCGCAAACAGACCGCCACCUCCUAAUGACGGGGGCGGGGCCACCAGGGACACGUGUCAGCGGAGGUCGCCGACGCUCCAGAACUGAAACGUCUCCAGGCCGACUCGUGAACUCGUGUCUCUGGUGGUCCGACCGGCUGACUGUGCCGCCUUCUCCACCACCAGCGACGCCCCGCAGACCGCCGUCGCCUUCCGUCUGUCGGGCCAGAAAUACACCUGUUUGAACUCUCACCUGUUGACGGCGAGCUCGGCGCAGCAACAGCGGGCUGGAGGACACGAAGACACGGCUCGACUGGACCUGCAAACCUGCGAGGACCCGGAUCAGAGACGCCGUCCACCAGCGUCUCUGCUGAGUCAGCUGGAAACCUCCUCAGGACGAUCGGGCGCUCACGUCGAAAAAAAAGAAAAAAAAAAGAAACCGGAGUGUGAUGCUUUCCAACGAGUCGCCGAUCGCUGACUGACCCUCUGAGCCUCGUUCACCCUCUGAGCCUCGUUCACCCUCUGAGCCUCGUUCACCCUCAAACUCCCCGAAUAACUGAACCUGAGCGCAGAAACACCGUGCGUGACUCCUGUCUGUCCUCGCUUCAAGCUUCGUAUGUAGUGAAAUAUUAAAGAGCUGCAGUUUGUGUCUCUGACCACCGGAGGGCCGAACACCGACGCUGCGUUCAUCGACCUACCCCUUUAUUCUUCUUCGUUAGUGUCACACAGGACGGCGGGUCAAAGGUCACCACGGUCUCCGUGAAGGAGAGAAAUCAACACGUUUAUUUCUGCUCAACAUUUCAGCCGAGAGUCCGAG